GUUAGAAGAUGACAAUUUUUACUCAAACAAUAUUCGGCUGGAUCCGCCCAUGCUUGAUUUUCAAAAUCAACCAGUGGGGAUGCCACGCAUGGAGAAGGUCACUGUGGAGAAUAAUGACCCCAAACAUAGCCUACACCUUUUGUCCAUAUCAGGCAGUACAGUUCAUUUCCAUUGCUCAUUUUUUCAAGACAAAAUAGUCCCACCUGGGGGUAAUACCAGUUUUGAUGUGGUAUUUCUGGCUCGCCAGGUGGGAAAUGUAGAAAACACAUUAUUCAUCCACACCUCCAUAGGGUCUAUCCGAUAUCAGGUUUUUGGGGUUGGCAUCCCAAAUCCAUAUCGGCUACGACCCUACCUAGGAGCUCGGGUGCCCAUCAAUAGCAGUUUUACACCUGUUAUACAAAUACAUAAUCCAUACAGUACCCGACUGCAGGUACUGGAAAUGUUUGCAAGCGAGGGAGACUUGCACUUAGAGCUGCCUUCAGGGGAGAGGGAAUCCACAAGAGAUAUUUGGGAAAUCAAGCCCUUUGAGACGAAGGCGGUGAUGAAGGCCAAUUUUGUAGGUAGAGUAGAAAGCAAUCAUUCAGCCUUUAUCCGCAUCAAGACAAACAAAGAGGAGGAGCAUGCUAACAUCCCAGAGUUGCUAAUUUUACCUCUGGAGGUGGAGGUGUCCUCAGAUCCAGGCAUCUAUUCGCCGGUGGAGCUGCUGGAUUUUGGCAUAUUGCGGACACUGGAUGAGCCUAAAACUUUACCACUGAACCUCAUCAACACAGGGCCAAAAGCUAUUCAUAUUACA